UCUGCGCCGCGUGCUGCUGCUGUCGGUGCUCGCGGUAGCUGUCGAGGCUCGUCCCGGCCGGGCCGGGCAGCCCGAGCCGCCGCCCGUGCCGCCGUUCCGCCUGCUGCCGCCAUUGAAUGUCACUCUGCCCGACGGCACAGUUCGGGAGCUGUUCGAAGGAGACAUCCUACUCUCCAAAGAGCAGCGCCUCAGCCGCAAGGGUCUCCUCAGCCAGACCUGGACGAACGGCGUCGUGCCGUUUGUUAUCACAUCGUCUUCGUCCAGCGAGAGCUCCGUCAUCCUGGCGGCCAUCGCCCACUGGGAGGCGGUGACGUGCAUCACUUUCCAGCAGAAGUCGGAGAGCUACAGCGGCGGACCACACGUGCGCUUUAUCAAGAGCGAUGGGUGCUGGUCGGCCAUGGGUAUGACGAACUCGAGCAGCGGCCAGCUACUCAGCGUCGGCGACGGGUGCCAGUAUCUGGGCGUGGUGGCGCACGAGAUCGGCCACGCCAUCGGCUUCUUCCACGAACAGUCCCGCGGUGACCGGGGCAACCACGUGACCGUGGUCUGGGACAACAUCAAGAGCGAGAUGGCCUUCAACUUCCGUAUCGAGACGGCCGCGCAGUGGCUCGGCGUGCCGUACGACCUGGGAUCGCUGAUGCACUACGGUGGGUUCGGCUUCACAAGUAACGGGUUCCCAACCAUCGUCACCAAUGACAUCCUGCAGUCGGGACUGAUUGGGAAUCUCGAGGGUCUCUCGCACCGCGACAAGCACCUGGCCAGCCUGAUGUACCUCUGCGACGACAGCUGCUCGUCCCCGCCCACCUGCGCCAACGGCGGCUACGUGGACAGCAGCUGCACGUGCGUGUGUCCUCCGGGAACCAGCGGCACCACGUGCCAAACCGUCACGGGCACCUACUACGAGGCGCCGUGCGGCGACCAGGACAUCACCACGGCCGGCACCAUCACCUCGCCCGACUACCCCAACCUGUACCCUCCCGGACAGCACUGUGUCUGGAUCGUCACCGCGCCCGCAGGCCAGCGGGUCCGCAUUCAGUUCGGCACCUUCAAGAUCCUCUACCGCUACGAUGUCAAGUGUCCCUGGGACUGGGUGACCGUGCACACCGACAGUGACUCGAUUCCAGACUACGUCAACUGCGGCACGGAGCUGCAGAAUCAGGUGAUCACGUCGUCCGGCGGUCGGCUGGCCCUGGAGUUUCACAGCUAUGGUGGCGGCUCCUACCCAACUCUUCAGUCGGGCUUCACGGCGAGCGUCACGUUCGUCUGAUAGACAGACCACGGCGAGCGUCACGUUCGUCUGAUAGACAGACGACGCCGGCCAACAGCCUCCCAGUGGUA